AUGAUGACGGCCACUAACAAGCCCGACACACCGCUUUUUGACGUCCAAGGGGUUGUUUUCGGGGACCUAAUUCACCCGGCACUCUACGAAGAAUAUUUUGGAUACUGUAUGCUACUCGAAGUCUCGACGUUCAUCUUCUUCCUUGUAUCGUUUUUACCAUUUUGGCAUGUUUUGAGCCUGAAAAAGGUAUUUCCGCCGAAUCUACAUUGCAUUCUUAUGUGCCAAUUUAACUUGUUAAUUAUCGGAUCGAUGAUACGAUUUAUAAGACAUUUAUGGCAAAUUAGUGGCCAUCCGCUGGACCGCCAGGCUUUUCAAUUGUUAUCGCUAGGCAUGGUUGGUGUUGCUAUGAAUGUGCCGUUUGCAAUCGCUAUUGAAAGAUUUGUGGCCACGAAAAAUUUGAAUUACUACGAGGAGCAACAUAUGAACGCGAAAUUGGCAUGGAGGACGAUUAUUGCCUUGUCUAUCAUCUUCCUCGGCGCCAUGCUGUUUCUCUACCGAAAUAUCGUGCCCCCAGUGGUCGUCUACGUCAACUCGUACUGCUUCCAAUUUAUGGCAAUUUGCGUAAGGGUUGGAAAAGAUUACUUGGACUUUGAAAGCGAGCGU